AACAACUGGCAGAAUUGCGUCAGGAAUUCAUUCGCCAGGAAGAUCAGCUUCAUGAGUACAAGAAGAACAACACUUACCUUGCAAGGAGAUUGGAAUAUGAUAGCCUGCAGUGUGGGCAGCAGAUCAAGGAAAUGAAACUGCAACAUGAAGAAAACAUAAAGAAAUUAAUGGACCAAGUUGUGCGGGAACAAAAGGCCACGCAAAAAAUUCAGGCCAGUAAAGACACUGAAGUGAGUCCCAGUAACGACGAGCAGGCAAUAUCUAAGACUGUUCCAGAGGCGGAAGAUAAAAACACAGUAAAGAACGAGCAGCCUUCAGAUCAUGUUGUAAAUGGCAAAGAGAAAAUCAAACCCGGAGGAGACGCGGGCAUGCCUGAGAUAGAGGAUAAUGACCCUGCGAAAGCCGAGGAUACUCCCACCGCGUUAAAGAAGCCACUUAUUUCAGCUCCUAAAAGUGAAGGUCAUCAACCUGUUGUAAAUCUUCCAACUGAACAGCCCCACGCUCCAAAUCUGGCACCAGGUUUGCACGGUGACAAUGAUGGAAAUGCUGAUAUUGCGAAGCAGAUACCUCCGAAUUCUCUCCAGCACUUAAAUUUUGAAGAAAAUAUGGAAAAUCAGAAAGAACACAAAAUUGAGACAGACCAUAUAAAAAUUCCAAAGAGCAGAGUCAGUGACUUGCAGAAGAUGAAGCAAAGCCGAUUCUUUGAUGAGAAUGAAUCCCCUGUUGACCCGCAGCAGGGUUCUAAACUGGCAGAUUAUAAUGGGGAUGAUGGUAACGUGGGUGAGUAUGAGGCAGACAAACAGGCCGAGCUGGCUUACAAUGAGGAAGAGGAUGGUGAUGGUGGAGAAGAAGACGUCCAAGAUGAUGAAGAGAGAGACCUGCAGAAUGACCUCGUGGAUUACGGCAAGCCGCGCUUCAGUGACGGUGUCCUUUAG